GUCCUAUGAGAAGUCCAUCAGUAAGACUGUCCAUGUAGGAGGAGAUUUGAAUAUCAGCUGUAAAUACCCAGAAUCCCUCAGGAGUGACCCCAAGUUUCUCUGCAAGAGGCUUCAAACUGCUGCUUGUUCUUAUAAAGCAUCUGUUAAUGAAAGUAGAAAAUAUGUAAAUGAGGGGAAAUUCUCCCUGUAUGAUGACGGAGAAACACAAAUGUUGACUGUGAGUAUUAGAAAUGUAACUGAGCAGGACUCUGGUGAAUACUGGUGUGGAGCUGAAGCAGCCUGGACAUCUGAUCAUGGAUACAGGGUUUAUUUCACACAGAUCGACCUGACAGUUGCUGGUGAGUUUGUAUGAGUAAAGCUGCUAUUCUGUAAUUUCAGACCAUUCUGACAGCUUGAUUUAUCUUAGAAUGUAUUUUAUAUUCUUGCUCUAUUGGAAGAGAGGUUUUGCUUCUUACUGAAAUACAUUUGCUUACUUCAAGCAUUUAUUCAUCGACAGAAAAAGAAAAUGAAUUCAUUCAUCUUCACAGAGUCACAUCCUCAUUGACACUUAACAGUAAUGUAGUGUAGCCAUUCCACUUCUCAGCAUGUUUGUGUGAGUGGGAGAAAACCAGAGAACCCGGAGGAAUCACAGAACAGAACAUGUAAAAACUUCAUGUAGACAGUAACCCGAGCUGUAGACUUACUGAAAAACAUCUGCUGUACUCACAGAGACCAGGAUGCUCAUAAUGAAUCCCACUAUCAGGCUACACCCAGAGGUGGAGGGUUCUCUUAUGAGUCUGGUUCCUCUCAAUGUCCUCAUUACUUAUAAUAUUUUGUCACUUAACACCAAAUUUUUACUCUCAACACUUUUAUACAUAAGAGCCCUUUACUGCUUUCAGGCAUAUGCUGGGUCUACAUACGACUCCUUUAUCAUCCAAACUAUCUAUAUGUUUCUGUGCUUUAAAUCCACGUGUCCCUGUUUCAGCAUCAGUGCCAACAAAAUAUUCAUUAACAUCUUUACCAACAUCAUCAUCAUCAUCAUCAUCAUCAUCAUCAUCACCAUCAUCAUCAUCAUUCACACCUCUACUUCUCCCAAGUAAGCACAACUCCUGGUCUACUCCAGUUUCUCCUCCAGCAGGUGAUUCUGCUCAGAUCCUCAUCACCCCCAGAGUCUAACUACAUGACUUUGAUGAAUCUGAUCCCUUAUGAAUGAUCAGCAUGUAGGUUAAAGUGACGGUCUGUUUGUUUCUCUUCCAGGAUUUCCAGCUUUCACUGUGAUCACUGUGUCUGUGAGUCUGCUGCUGCUUCUGAUUGGAGUCAUAUUCCUCAUUGUGAUUCUACAUAGGAGACGCAGGAAGCAAAGCCCAGGAAUAAUGACCCCAACUUACAGAGAGACAAAUGGAGAUUAUGAAAAUGACCCAAAUGUGCUUCAUUUCCAGUCAAGACAAAUGACCAAGCAAUCAGAUUCAGUCUACCAAAGUCUGAAUCCCAACACCAACCAAUCAGAUUCAGUCUACCAAAGUCUGAACCCCAACACCAACCAAUCAGAUUCAGUCUACCAAAGUCUGAACCCCAACACCAACCAAUCAGAUUCAGUCUACCAAAGUCUGAACCCCAACACCAACCAAUCAGAUUCAGUCUACCAAAGUCUGAACCCCAACACCAACCAAUCAGAUUCGGUCUACCAAAGUCUGAACCCCAACACCAACCAAUCAGAUUCGGUCUACCAAAGUCUGAACCCCAACACCAACCAAUCAGAUUCGGUCUACCACAGUCUGAACCCCAACACCAACCAAUCAGAUUCAGUCUACCAAACUCUGAACCCCAACAGCAACCAAUCAGAUUCGGUCUACCAAACUCUGAACCCCAACACCAACCAAUCAGAUUCGGUCUACCAAAGUCUGAACCCCAACACCAACCGAUCAGAUUAA